CAUCGCGUUCAGUGUUCGCGCUGAAGUGUAGACUGAAGCCAAUGAGCUAGUCUUGUGCCGGCUGGCGACGCCGCCCGUGCUUUAAAGGCUGGACCUGUGGCUGAACUUCCGAGCGCAAGCCAUCUUGGCGGAAGUUACCGCCAGGAAACAGAUGACAUAUAUAUGUGUCUGAGGGUGAAAGGUUUCAAUCAUAUUACGAUUUACGCUGGCGAGUAUAAUGCCGUUAGCUCAGCUUGCGGCGGACCCUUGGGUCGAGAUCAAAACGGACUGCGGGGGUCCGCCAGGUGAAGACAUGGCUGUCGACGAAAAUGAUGAAACACAAGACAUGGAAACGAAUGACAUGGCAGAAGGGACGCACGAGAUUGAGCUGACAAAUGUUACAAAAGAAGGCCACCCAAAGGGCGAUCCCAGUCAGUUCAAGCUCCUCAAGGUUCUUGGACAGGGCUCAUUUGGAAAGGUGUUUCUAGUGAAGAAGAUUAUGGGUCCAGAUGCAGGCACAUUAUAUGCCAUGAAAGUGUUGAAGAAAGCAACAUUAAAAGUAAGGGACAGGUUAAGAACAAAAAUGGAGAGAGACAUCCUUGCUGAAGUUCGGCAUCCAUUUGUGGUGAAGCUGCAUUAUGCUUUCCAGACUGAAGGAAAACUGUAUCUAAUUCUGGAUUUUUUGAAGGGCGGCGAUCUUUUCACAAGGCUUAGCAAAGAGGUCAUGUUCACUGAGGAAGAUGUGAAGUUCUACCUGGCUGAGCUUGCUCUCGCUCUGGACCACCUUCAUGGCCUCGGCAUCAUCUAUAGAGAUCUCAAGCCAGAGAACAUUCUUUUGGAUUCUGAUGGCCACAUAAGCCUAACAGACUUUGGUCUGAGCAAAGAAGCGCUCAAUGACCAGAAGGCCUACUCUUUUUGUGGCACUAUCGAAUACAUGGCACCUGAGGUCAUCAACCGCAAGGGACACACAAUGGCUGCCGACUGGUGGUCUUUUGGAGUACUUAUGUUUGAAAUGCUGACAGGCGGCCUGCCAUUUCAAGGUACCAAUAGGAAGGAGACAAUGCUACAGAUACUCAAGGCCAAGUUGAGCAUGCCGCAGUUCCUCAGUCCUGAAGCACAGAGCCUUCUUAGGGCAUUGUUCAAGAGAAACCCUGCAAAUAGAUUAGGGUCCGGUCCAAAUGCAAUCGGCGACAUCAAGGCACACCCGUUUUUUGCCACCAUUGAUUGGGGGCAUCUGUACAGGAGGGAAGUGGUGCCUCCUUUCAUACCAGCUGUGUCAAGACCAGAUAACACACUGUAUUUCGACAGGGAAUUUACAUCGAAGACGCCAGAAGACUCUCCUGGAGUGCCUCCAAGUGCCAAUGCCCAUGAGUUGUUCAGAGGAUUCAGUUUUGUAGCUCCUAGUCUGACCGAGGAAGAUUAUGUCAAAAGCAAGGACAACCAGUCCUCCAAAUGGUACGGCCUUCACUUUAAGGAAGCUAUUACAAAGGAGUAUGAGCUCAAGGAGGACCUUGGCUUAGGUUCCUAUUCGACUUGCAAGAGGGCUGUGCAUAGGGCAACUGGCAAGGAGUAUGCCGUCAAGAUCAUUGACAAGUUCAAGAGAGAUUGUCAAGAGGAAGUGGAAAUACUGCUGCGGUAUGGUCAGCACCCUAACAUACUCACGGUGUACGAUGUUUACCAGGAUGCCACCUCUGUGUAUAUAAUCAUGGAGCUACUCAAGGGAGGGGAGCUCCUGGAUAGGAUCCUAAACCAGAAGCACUUCAGCGAGAGAGAAGCCAGCGCUGUACUGGAAGUGGUUGCAAAGACAAUGAAGUUUCUGCACGACAAUGGGGUGGUUCACCGUGACUUAAAGCCAUCGAACAUCAUGUAUGCAGACGAAAGUGGUAGUCCAGAGAGCCUGCGCAUUUGCGACUUUGGUUUUGCAAAGCAGAUGCGUGCUGAGAAUGGACUCCUUAUGACUCCGUGCUAUACGGCCAACUUCGUGGCUCCCGAAGUGCUCAAGAAGCAGGGCUAUGAUGAGGCCUGCGACAUCUGGAGCAUGGGUGUGCUGUUGUACACCAUGCUGGCGGGGCAUACGCCCUUUGCGAAUGGACCGAACGACACGCCAAACCACAUAUUGGCCCGGAUUGGAGAAGGGAGGUUUGACCUAAUGUCGGGAAACUGGGCCAAUAUCUCGAGUCCGGCAAAGCAUCUAGUCCAGAAAAUGCUGCAUGUGGACCCAAAGCAAAGAUACAGGGCAGCUGAUGUCUUGGGACAUGCCUGGAUUGUGAACAAGAACAAUCUUCCAGUCAGCAGGCUUUCCCAUCAGGAGCCUCAUCUGGUGAAGGGUGCCAUGGCAGCCACAUUCAGAGCCAUCAACAACUACCCCAAGCCCCCAAAUCUGGAGCCCGUUGCGGCAUCAGAACUGGCUAGGAGACGAGCAAACAAGGCACGGCACCACUCAUCCACAGAGGUCUGACGGGCCCCUGAUUCUUCCAGAGAAGGGAAAACACACAAACAAAGAAAAGACAUCGACUCUGUUGCCUUUUGCACACAUUCAGUGACAGCUUCCUCGGACUCGUCGGUAUGGAGUUCAGCGCGCAUCCGUUGGCCAUCUGGAACCCAUUAUGUUCUUGCGUGUGUACUUGCUUUUUUGUUAUUCAUUGUCACCGAGUAGCUGUUCGAGCACUUGCAUUUGCGUGCGCUUCUGUUUGAAAGAGACAGGCCUCUGCAAGGACUUGCAUGGAACAGUGCAGGGUUAUGAAAUGCUGCAGAUUGUUUGAAACAAGCAGGCAAAAGAAACCGCCUGGACUUCAAAGAGCUCGGAAAGUGCCUCUGUGCGCAAGUUUGCUUAGUGGCAUGUAGAAGUGUAUUGCUGUAUUAAGUCUCUUGUUUUUGACCUGAGGAACUAAUUAGUUGCUGGAGAAUAACUCGUUUAGUUCCACCUUGAUACCCUAUAGCAUAUAAUUAUAUAUAUAUAUAUAUGUGUGUGUGUGUAUAUCUGUGUCGUACAUGAAUCAUGUGUUGUUUCUUUUGUCACUGAAGUACCUAAGGUUAUGUGCCAUCGGAUCUUUUAUAGGCAAAGAUUGAUUUUUUUUCUA